AUGUCGACAGUAAUCAUCGGCGGAGGCAUCAUAGGCCUGUCGAUCGCCUAUUAUCUCUCUCUGAGCCGGCCGCCAUCCUCGGAGGAAGAGAUCCAUAUCAUCGACUCCUCGGCGGAACUCUUUGCCUCAGCAAGUGGCUACGCCGGGGGGUUCCUCGCCCGGGACUGGUUCAACCCUGCUGUGGAGAGCCUUGGAGCGCUGUCUUUUCGCCUCCACCGUGAAUUGGCCGAGCGGCAUGGCGGGGCGCGGAAAUGGGGCUAUGCGGGCAGUCAUGUCUACAGCCUCAGCAUGAACGAACACGGCGUCGAUGCAGCUGGGAAGAAAGCCAAGUCUGGAGACUGGAUCCUCGAGGGCACAAGUAGGGCGAACGAGGUCAGAAGCAAUUCCGAGGUUGGCGCGGAGGGCCCUGGUGUCAAGAGACGCGAUACUGUCAACGCCGAUGGAUCCCCGGCUGUCUUCACGCCGCAGAAAGGCGGGACGUUGGAAACAAUUGCAGGCCCCGGAGAAUGCGCCCAGGUUGAGCCGCGGGAAUUAUGCCAGUUCCUGCUGGAGGAAGUUCAAAAGAGGGGCGUGCAGCUUCAUCUGGCAACGAGGGUCAGGGACCUGGUGACGGAUGUUGACGAUCUUCAUUGCUUGCAAGGUCUGCGACUUGUUUCUUCUCUCGACGACGAGGACAAAUAUAUUGCGUGCCAGAAGAUCGUCCUCGCCGCUGGAGCAUGGACGCCAAGAAUCUUUGAGACUCUAUUUGGCACCAAGGCUCGCAUUCCGAUCGAACCGCUAGCCGGUCAUAGCAUCGUCGUCAAGUCGCCUAGGUACAAAGCACCAUUCAUCGACCCUUACGAACGCAACAUCGGGGGCGGCAGGGACAACUGGCUAUGCUAUUCGAUCUAUGCUGGACCUACCCGUCACUGGGACUUCGCCACCGAAGCAUUUGCACGCUUAGCACGCAACGGAGAAGCCGAGAUCUGGCUCGGGGGUCUCAACGACAGCAAACUUCCACUACCCGAGGUCGCCACGGAUGUGAAAGGGCUGAUGGACCCCAAGAGCACGGCGAUUGUGCGCAAUACAAUCGUGCAAUUGACCGGUUUGGCGAAAGCGGGAGAUGAGCUUCAUCAGGAUGACUUGGAGACCGUCAGGGAAGGCUUAUGUUUCCGGCCGAUCAGUGAAAGCGGGAACCCCAUUAUUGCCCAGCUCGAGGAGGAGGAUCUGGGAGGCUUGAUGACACGAGGUGGUGGUGUCUGGGUUGCCUCCGGCCACGGGCCUUGGGGAAUCUCUUUGAGUUUAGGCACCGGUCUCGUGGUGAGCGAACUGCUGCAGGGAAAGCAGACCAGUGCAGACAUGGGUCAUCUAGGUCUCAGAUGA